AUGUCGUUCGGUUCGCGCGGUGGCAAUCCAUGGUGGUUUGCAAUGCGAGCACCUUUUUGUACAUUUUUAUUUGAAGCUUGCCCAUGCUUAAAACAGUAUGCCAACGUAAGCUAUAAAUUCCGCUCAUCUUCACAGCGGCAGGACAUUAUGGAAAGUGUCGAGCGGCAAAGUCUGCAUUCCGACCAUUCGAUCAAGUUCCCGUUACGCCCCGUUGUACCGAUACGUUCGAUUGAAAGUCCUGACUAG